AUGUAUAUACUCUCCUUUGCCAACAGACUAUUGCGUCUUCUCGUUCCGUUAGCCCUUUGUUUGACCACCUAUCUUUAUUCCUAUGUUGUAUUUCACGGCUGCGUCUUCCCUUCGACAGAUGCCUCUCAUUUGAAUGCUUGGUCCCAGACCUUUCGCCAACAUUGGCCAUUUGUUCAGACGUCCUCAGACCCGACAAAUGCUUCAUUGCGUGCUCCAUUUCGUCUACUUGUCCUAGCCGACCCUCAACUGGAGGGCGACAGCUCGCUGCCAACCCCGGAAAAUGCGUUUCUUGCAAAAUUGACAAGACAAUGGACGCGGAUUAGGACAAGAGACAGCGCACCCAUAUAUCCCCUCAUGUUCGAUGUCACACGUCAGGUCUUCCUUCGAGACAUCCCAGACGCCCUUCAGGCGGCGCGAAAACGCCUUGAUCUGUUUGGGAAUGACUAUUACCUAGGCCAUAUCUAUCGAACCCUGCACUGGUGGAAUCAGCCUACUCAUGUUACCGUGCUCGGAGAUCUAAUUGGGAGUCAGUGGGUGACCGAUGAAGAAUUCGAAUGGCGUGGGUGGAGAUAUUGGAACCGCGUUUUCGCGAAUGGUCACAGGGUGCAAGACGAGCUCACCAGUUCCGCGGAGGAUGAUGGGGAAAUCACCUAUGAUAUGACCGAUCCUGCUUGGGCAACAAGAACAAUCAACAUUGCGGGCAAUCAUGACAUUGGAUAUGCUGGAGACGUCUCUGACAGGAGGAUGGAACGGUUCGAAAGAGUCUUUGGCAAGGCAAAUUGGGAUGUCAGAUUUCAGUAUGCCCAGGUCAGCAACAGAUCGGAAGAUACUUCUCUCGUGGAACCAUCUAUCCACUUGAUUGUUCUAAACAGCUUAGUCUUGGAUGGCCCAGCUCUGUCCAGAGACCUACAGGGUCAGAGCUAUGAUUAUCUCAACACUCUAAUCUCCAAACGACUUCGCCCCGUGGAAGACCGGUCUUCUUUCACCCUGCUCCUGACGCAUCUCCCUUUACACAAAGGACAAGGUGUUUGUGUUGACGCGCCACACUUUGAUUAUUGGGGCGACGACGACGGUGGUGGUAUCUACAAGCCUCAUGGAGUAAAGGAACAGAACCACCUGAGUGAAUAUGCCAGUCAUCAAGGGACUCUCGAAGCUCUCUUUGGCAUGACAGGAAACACGGGUGCUCCUGCACUUGGAAAGGGGAGAAAAGGCCUUAUUUUGAAUGGGCAUGACCACGAAGGCUGUGAUACAUGGCACUCCAUCCCUAAGGACACAAUCUACACCUUCAAUGGAGAGAAUUCUUCUGAGCAACCCAAGACUACGUGGAACGCUACACACUGGACGCACGCCAUCCGGAGUCAGUCGCACACUGGCAUACGUGAAGUCACACUACGAAGUAUGAUGGGUGACUACAGUGGAAACGCGGGCCUACUGAGCGCCUGGUUUGACUUUGAAAGCGGAGAGUGGGAGUAUGACAUCCAAAUGUGCAGUUUGAACGUGAAGGUUUGGUGGGCUGUCCACGUUAUCGACGUUAUUUCCAUUGUCCUGCUCCUGUUUGUCCUUGUAUGCUAUUGUCUGAGGAGUGCAGAAAAGACAGUCAGGUCAACCCCUGCACCUCCCAAGCUGGUCUCGAGGCUGUCUGUUAAGGAGAAAUAG